AUGAACGAAGAACAGCAAAAAAGAGUCACUCAAAUGAAGUUGGAGUUGCCGUCGCUAUAUCGAUUCGAUGACGUGAAUCGAAGUUCCGAUGCUCGGAUCCUCGAGAGAAAUGAAACCAAUAUCGAAGUGUUAAGAGAAUGGUUUGAAUGUAUGCCAUGUGUAGCGGUUCGCUCUGGAAAUAAACUGGUAAGUGUUGGAGUGAGCACACCACUCACGAUCUAUCCAUUUUCUAGCCCCCCAGAUGAGGUCUUCACAGCCCUUGAAAUGCGAGUAUGCCAAGAAUGCAUCAGCAAAACAUUCUGGCCAUUCGAACUGAUUGAUGCGGACAAUAAAGAUUGGUUGAAAUGCUACAACGACUCGAGUUUAUGGACUCAUCUCGAUGGUGCAGAUGGCAAACCAAUUAUUGUGAACAUGAUAUGUUGA